GGGGAUAAGCGAGAGGAUAAGGCCCUCUCGCUCUCUUUUCUGUGAGCGGCACAGGUUCCUCAGCGUCAUAACGGUGAAGGGCUGCUUUCCGUUAUUUUCUUUAAAAAAUCGAAAGCACUUGAGCUUUACGCCCGGGAGGGUCUUCUCUGCCCUCUGGAUGACUCCAGUGCUCAUCUGUGUGGAAUAUACGGGAGUCGUAGCCAACCCAAACCCGUUCCUCUCCAUGCGUCACACGGCCUCAGCUUCCGGUAUUUGAUCGGAAGUCGCGGCGCUCUAGGGAACGGCGAGAGGUGUGCCGCUCUAGCCCGCGGAAGCCUCUCUGGCCAAAAGCCUCCGAAGCGCCAGUUAGGCUUUGCAAUGGCGAUUUCCUAGAAGAAAUCCGCCAUUGAUUGAUGAGCUCAGAAGAAAUGCAUGUACAUCGGAGGAAAUGAGAAACAACUUUGAUUACUGUGGGUGUAGUGACUGUAAGAGGAUAAAAAAAGAACAUCUCUGUGACAGUGGCAGGAGUCAGUCAGCGUCUGGGGAAGGUAGCAUGACCUACACAAAAGAACAGCUACUUGGGGUACAAAGAAUAAAGAACAGUAAGAAUUACUAUGAGAUUCUAGGUGUUGGGAGAGAUGCCAAAGACGAAGAAUUGAAAAAAGCAUACCGAAAACUUGCCCUGAAAUUUCAUCCAGAUAAGAACUGUGCACCAGGAGCAACAGAUGCAUUUAAAGCAAUAGGCACUGCUUUUGCAGUCUUGAGCAACCCUGAAAAGAGAUUACAAUAUGAUCAAUUUGGAGAUGAACAGGAGACUUGUUAUACCAACCUUCCCAAGCAUUAUAACUAUUACAGAGAGUUUGAAGCAGACAUCACACCAGAAGAAAUAUUUAAUAUGUUUUUUGGAGGUAACUUCCCAACAGGAAAUAUCCACAUGUUUUCAAAUUCAUCAAUGGAUCCCCCAUGUUAUCAGCCACGGAACAGGCAUGAUAGGACUUGGACAGAGGAAGAGGAGGAGGAAGAAACUAGACCACAGAAUUCAUACUCUGCAUUUAUCCAGUUACUGCCAGUUUUUAUUAUAAUAGUUGUGUCAAUAGUAACUCAACUGAUGGCAACUAACCCACCCUACAGCCUCUUCUUCAAAUCGAAUCUUGGGCACACGAUUGUUAGAGAAACACAGAAUCUACAGGUGCCUUACUAUGUUGAUAAAAACUUUGAGCAUAACUAUAACGCCGAAGAGCUUGAAGAGCUUGAAAAACACAUUGAAAAAGAUUAUAUCGAUUAUAUCCAGACUAGCUGCAGGAAAGAAAAACAACAAAAAUCUGAGCUAUCGAAUUUGGCGAAGCUGUACAGAGAUGAGCGGCUGAAACAGAAAGCAGAAUCCGUGAAACUUGAGAACUGCGAAAAGCUCUCCAAUCUCAUAGGACUACAAAGGAGUCGUCAGUGGGCAGAGGCAUGAAGGGAGUGGCACUAACGGGCCAUGUGUGCUAUUGCGAGGAAUUUCUUCUCGGUUCUGUUUUCCUUUUUAAAUGAAGAGGAAAAGCAUAACGUAAAGACUUAAUACUUAGUAUCCUCAUCAUCAUCCUCAUGUACAUGGAGCUGAAUGAACUGAGCCCAAGAGGCAACACUUGCUGUAACAUAUACAGUAUAUUUGGUUCCAAGGCCCAGUAGUGUUUCAAUGUUAAUGAUUCCUUGCCGAUUUAAUUGCAUUCGGCAACUGUCUUCAUCUGAUCAUUUGCUGCCAUUUGGGGGCCUUGCAGAUGUUUCCUGGGAACAUACCCCCCUCAUUCUCACUGGUGUUGCCGUAAGCAUAGCGCCCUCAAAACCAGAUCAGUCACUCCCUGAACGUCUCACAUUGUCAUUUCCAUGUUCCUCUGAAGCUGCUGUUUAUCACACUUUCAGCAGAGAAGGGACAAGAUUUGGUUUUGAUAUAUAUCUACUCUGUUUCAACAAAGCUUGCAGUGAAGGCAGUCUCAAGGAUGUAACCCUAUUUUUAAACAGUCUCGUAGUAAACAGAAAUACCUGGGCUUCAUAUUUUGGUCCUCAGGGUGACCUUGGGGCAUUCAUAUUUGGGGCGCUAUGAUUUUUGUAUGUCCAUGGAACAGCUACAAUUGCCCUCCGCUGAGUUUCAUAUGCUGGGAUCUUGGAAUCUUUCAUGUAACAGGAGGUGGAAGAGUUAAUGAUUGAUCACACCAGCUGUAUUAACAGUUCUAUAGAGUUUCUUUACACAUCCUUCACCAACAGCACUAUAUAGAAAUACCUAUAUACAUGUUCAGAUUUGUAGCAGAUUGCAGCUACACUGCGACAUACCCUUAUUGAAAUAACAGUUUCAAUUCCUAAGAGGCAUUAUUAAAUAAAAACUGCUUAAUUUGUAAAGCUUUUUUAAAUACAGGCAUGUUUUCUUUAUUCUGGAAAGCUAUUUCUUAUUGGGGUCAAGGUAUCUGAUCUCAGUCCUGGUACUUAAAACGCCUGUGAAAAGAGAUUAAAUGAAGCUAAUGGAAUUUGAAUUAAUUUAAAAGACGUAGGCAGCCUAUUAACACAAAAAGUAAAUUUGGCAGGAGGUUCCUGCUUAAUAAUUUUGUUUGCUCAUGAGCUAAAAGGUACUUGAAGAGGAUAACAUUUUUUAAGAGUGUGGGCUUUUAUCUGUUCUGAAUAUUCUG